AUGUUGUUGAAUGUUUUAUCCUUUAUUUGCUUAGCUAUUAUCACUAAUGCUGCUGUGGUAAAGAAAAAUGAACCAAAAGUAAUCAGAAUGGAUGUCAAACAAGGUGUUUCCAAUUUGGUUAAAAGAGGUGAUGCUACUGGAACGAGUGGGUUGACACAAAACUAUUACGCGUUUACCCACCUUGAGGUAGGCUCAAAUAAGGAACUCACCGAAGUUAUAAUUGAUACUGGAAGUUGGUUGACACAUAUUUUUGAUGUAAAUAUCACUUGUUCAGGCUGCCAAGGUACUAGUGAGUACAAUUCUUCCCAAUCUUCCACCGUUGUCAAACUGGGCAAGAAAGGGCAAUCAUUUUUUGGUCCUGAUGCCUAUUAUAUCGGGGAAUUGGUUAGUGAUUCUAUUCAAAUUGGCGAUUUAACUAUCCCAGAAGUUCUUUUCAAUGACGUUCAUAAUUCCAGUGGGUUUGGCUAUGGUAUUCUUGGUUUGGCUAAGCCAUCUACCGAAAAUGAAAGUGUUGCAUGGGUCGCGAGAAACCAUGGAUUGAUUAACAAAGCUGCUUACUCCAUUAUUAUCCAAAACCUUGAUGGAAGUGAUGGGAAUCUUAUUAUUGGUGGUUAUGAUGCUGCUAAAAUUGAUGGGGAAAUCAACUGGACUAGCAUCAAGGAUUCAAAUAUUCAUGCGUUACUUUCUCAAGUUGAGAUAAAUGGUGAAACUAUCCCAGUAAACAGAAACUAUACUUUAGACACUGGUGGUGGUAAUGGAUACUUACCUGAAGAUGCAUAUAACCGAGUCGUUGCCAAUUUACCCGAAGAUCCAGAUUUUGGGAGUGAUCAUAGUUAUAUUCGCUGUUCUCUACUUGAAGGCAAAACUUUUACCUAUAAUUUGAAUGGAAUUGACUAUAAGUUUCCAUUAAGAUCAUUAUAUGCCCCCGGAGAAAGUUAUGGUUAUUGCCAUCUUGCUUUGUAUAAAGGGGAUGUUGCUCAAUUGGGUGGAAGUAUUUUCAGAAACUUAUUCCUUGCUGUUGAUUUAGAAGGUGAUUUGUUCGGGCUUGCUAGUUUGAAAAAUACCGCUGAAACUGACAUAAAACUGUUCUAA